UUUCGUCGGCACAAGCAGCUGCUCGCUUUAGUCGACGUCCACUAGAGAAAGUGUUAGCAUCGCGUUCUACUUGCCGCUCACGUGCGAGUAAUUACAAGAAAACUAUUGCACAUUGCUUUGAGUUUAACGGUUAAUGGCGCCACAUUGUCGCGAAAAUAACUCAAAUAUUUAAGAAGAAGUUAAUCGGCAUUAAACUGCUUCGUGAUCUGUGAAGUGGAAUAGAACAAAGGCAAUAAUCUUAAAAGAUAUCUUGAGAUAGAUAUAGAUAUAACUAUAAAAGGCUAGAGAGGCCCCAAUUGCUCAAGGUCAAAGUGGUACUUUGAAGUAAAACGGAAACACCCUGCAGUCGUUGCUGAUACUUAGCCGGAAGUAAGCGAUUGCUACAAAGAAAAAUGCAAAAGGACUUGAAAAUUGUAUUGGGCGGAAUUUGCCUUAUCUUGGCGGUGCAUUUUAGUAAAGCGGAGCCAAAGCAGUUGGAAUGUUGGCACUGCAGCUCGGAAACAGUUGGCGCGGAGGAUUUCUGUGGAGUAAGCUUCGAUGAGGAUAGUAUACCCGAUCCCGAAGUGAGGAAGGAACACAACAUUAAUGUUUUGCGCAAUUGCAGCAGUACCACAAAUUCCGAACAUGAGCGCGCCGUUUGUCGCAAAACAGUUGAAGAGAUCAAUGGCAAAACGGUUACAAAACGUUUCUGCUACUACACCAACAAAUCCGAUUCUAUGGAUCGCUGUAUGGAAGAGCCCACCGAAAAGAAUGUCGUGCGGACCUUCUGCCAGGAUUGUCAAACCGAUCACUGCAACGGCGUUGGCAAACAAUUGGCCACAUGGCUCAGUCAACUGCUGCCACUGUUUUUAGCCAACUAUAUGCGCUUUUAAACUGUUUAUCGAAAAAGUAGAGCGGAAGGAAGUAUUUUGAGGUUUUUGUAAUUUUAGUUAGGGACUUUACAGUUAAUUUUUUUAAAUUUAGUCAAAUAAGUUUUUAAGAAAUGCACUUACUUCGUAAGUUUCAACUGAUACUCAUGUUUCCGUUUAAGUUCUAGUUUAAUUGUAGAAUUUCCAAGCAUGACUUAUUCGUAAUAUUUAAACUUAGUGCCAUUGAGUAGUCUUAGGAAUUUAUUUAAUAAAUCUGGAAAAGUAUUAUUUGAAAUGUUGAAAGACAUUUAAUUACAUAUGCGCUUAACAUACAUACUAUAAAACUUAACUUAACGUAACUUACGUUGGUUUAAUUUAACUUAAAUUAGCACAAAUAAUUCACUCUAUGUAAUUAACUGUAAUAUUAAAAGGUACUUAGUCGUGAAUUGUGAGGCAGAGAAUCCAUUGAUAGUGUCACUGUAUCACAAUGACAACUUGCAUUUUCAAUAAACGAUGAUUUCAUACAAAUUCGUGUCUACUUUGGAACGCAGUAUCAAAUUUCGAAUUUAAUACAAACCAAAACAAUAAUGAAAAUCAGUAAUGAAAUCAAACUCAUAUGUAAAAUUAUAAUUUAAAAUUCAUUUGAUCACGAAGUGUUUGAAUGUACUAUAACUAUAAGUAGACCAGUUGUUGUUAAUCGUAUUCUUAAAAAUAUAUUAGUCAAACAAACACAGCACUAAAAUGUAUUAACAAACAUGCCGUUUCAUGCUACAUACUGUAUUUGAUUCAUAUAACAUACAUACAAAAAUUUAAAGCCAAUGCACUCCAACUUAAAAUAACAUGCAAAAUCCAAAUGUCCGCCGAUUUCAGAGAUCGUGAGAAAUAAAGUUCAUUAAAUAAA